GUUCCGGUAGGACCUGUUUUUUCCAUCCACUGUUCCAAGGUGCAUUUUCAUCUCAGUCACAAGUGAAUGUUUGAGUCGUGAAGCGUGUGCAAAGGAAUUGAGAUACGAAAAGAAACUCCACCAGUGAGCUCAAGCUUGUGUGACAACCAAGGAAAAGGGCAAAAAGGAAGCUAAAAUGACUCUCUAGUGGUGGUCGACUAAAAUAUUGCUGCAGCCUGGGUUUUUGGUGCAAUAUUGUGUGCUGUGGCAAAAAUUAUUGCAAGUGUGGCCCCAACUGUGGCAGAAAAAGCAACCAUACGGAUAGUGAUGCAGUGGAACGCAAACAAACGAAUGUGAAAAGUUUUCCCAUUUCAAACAAUGUUCACAGCUUGCAGAUUGUGCGAUUAGUUUGGUGUAAAAAAAUGGAAAAGAAAACAUGCAAGAUUGAUGCUGAUAGUUGUACCUAGAAGAAUUGCUUUGGACUUUUUUACCAGAAAAAAAAACUAAGUGUUUAAUGCUACAUAAUGUGCUGAACGAAAUAAUAUGUGAUAAUUACACCUUUAAUACUGAGAUCGAUCAAAAAUAACCUUUUCUACGGAAAUAGAAAACCACCACAGCUGCUCCCUUGCAACGGACAACUGGUGCCGCCGGCAGCAUGGAACAGUUGGCUCAUUUCGUGACGAAAUCGUUCGAUUUCAACAACAGUCGCGUGCUGGACCUGCUCAACAUGACGGCCAGCGCCGGGCCGAUUUCACAUCCCGAUUAUGGCACUCGGACCGGGUCCGACUCGGACCUGCUGUCCAACACAAGCAGCAGCCUCGGUGGUGAUCUGGAGGAUGAAAUUCAUUCUCACUCGCUCGAGGUAUCGCACCAUCAUCGGCUAGGUCCGGCACUGCAUCCACUACGAUCGAACGGGCUACCACCGGGCGAUAGGGAAGCAAGCCGUGAAGAGCCAACGAACGAGGACGAGGAAACGAUCGACAUAGAAAUUACCGAUCUUUCGUACAGUAAUGCAGGCAGCGGUAGUGUGGUUGUGCCGGAGGGUUGUACCCUCCAAAGCUCUAUCUCCCUCAAGCCGACGGUUGUGUUAAGUGGUACCGGCGGUGAAGUGACGGCAGUGGGUGAGCCAAACCACGACAAGGGGACGGUAGAGCAUUCGCUCAUGCUGCUAACCGGUCCGAACAAUAAUGAGAAAGGUGUAACGAAUCGUAAUGAAAUUAGUGUUAUACGCAAAUUUGACGAUAAGAGGUCGCGAGUGGGUGAGGAGCGCUCGAUGCAGGAGCGUUCUUCAUCGAGUGAAACGGAUGAAGCUGGUGUACGUAAAGGAGGACAGGCUGGGGAGGCUGGCAAGAGAAGUGUUGCGAGUGAUGGGAAUGAGGGUGGAAAUGGAAAAACUAUUCACAAGCGACACGUUCCCCGUAAUUGGCUCAUUGCUGAUCUGGUUGAUGAGAAGAAGGAAGACAAAACCAAAGAUGACGUUGCCUUAAAUCUCGUGCGCUCGGAAAGUGAAACCGGGCCGCCCAAGCAGGCCCACGGAUACGAUCCCGCCGGGCUGCAGGUGGUACGCCCCAAACCAGCCUCCGAGCUACUCAAGCAAAGUGUCGAUCUCAUCAACAAUCACCACUACUCGGGGGUAGUAGGAUCGAUAGGCAGCGGCACACACAGCACAACCGUUCCCAGUACCGACGGUGAAUCUGACACAGAAGCGCGCAUUCCGGCACCCCGCCAGCAGUCACUCUCACCCGAACAGGACGAUCCAUCCUCAUCGGCCGAUGGGACACGAUCAGACUCAGCACCACCACCACCACCACCACCGGCUCCCCCGACGGCCGAGGACCGGCUGAAACAUCCUCCCGAGUCGUCGGCCCACGUAACGAACGGCCACGGUCCACUGUCCGCCCUGUCCAACAACAAGCAGCGCCGGUCGCGAACGAACUUUACGCUCGAGCAGCUGAACGAGCUCGAGCGGCUGUUCGAGGAGACGCACUAUCCGGAUGCAUUUAUGCGGGAAGAGCUAAGCCAGCGGUUGGGACUGAGCGAGGCAAGGGUGCAGGUUUGGUUCCAAAACAGACGGGCAAAGUGCCGCAAGCACGAGAAUCAAAUGCAUAAAGGAAUUAUCCUUUCGAGCCACAGCCCACCGGUCACAACACCGCUCGAACCGUGCCGGAUAGCGCCGUAUGUUAACGUACCGUCCCUCCGUGCCGGAACCGGCGGUGUCCCACCCGGCAGUGGUACGGGCGCGUCUGGAUUGCCCCCUUCGUCCUCUACCACAGCAGCAGCGGCGGCGGCGGCGGCAGCUGCGGCGGCUGCAGCGGCUGCCGUCAACCAUCCCUUCCCCGUUGCUGCCUUUUCUGCCUUCGAUUCCGCGUUCAUAUCUGCCGCAGCACAGCAGUAUGCAGCGGCCCUUUCUUCCGGUUCCGUUCCGACGAGCCUUUUCUCCCUUUCCCAGUACGUCCCGCGACCGGGUGGAUUGGCGGCGGCGGCAGCGAUUGCCACGCUGCCCGGCUUUAGCGUGGCGCACGACAAAAACUCCAGCAUCGUCGAUCUGCGCCUGAAGGCGGAAAAGCACAAGGAAAAUCAGAAGAAAAUUGUAAAUAAUGUGUCGUCGUAAUUGAGGGUCGGGGCGUUCGGGUUUUAGUGGAGACAUCGGCGCUUCAACAGUGUUCACCUUAGUU